AUGGUACGAACUGCGGAAGGUCCGAUGGACUUUGAAUGGCAAACGCGUCCGCCAAUGGAUUUGACAUCCCCCUUUUCCCAUCUGGAAAACAAGAAACGAACACACAGCACAUUCAAUUCACCAGACAAAAAGCCACCAUCUCUUCGCCCUCCGAACUCCCAACCCUUUUUGUUCUCGCGAAAUGACCCUGCUCCAAGCUCCAAGUCUGUCUUCGGGCUACCAGCUUUCACCACGCCGCGCAAAGUGGAUAUCGACUUCUCCUCCGAGCAAAAUACAAACAAAGAAAGACGGGGCUCGAUCCUGGGGAUGUAUGGGCGGUUCGGAGGCAGCCCUGGCCGGGGGGAGAUACCCCGCUUGAAACAGAAGGCCUAUUCCAACGCGGCCCUGAACAAGGUUCACAAGAAACGGCGGAGAAACCAGGAGCUCAGUCGACAGGUCAAGAUGGAGAGCGAGGACGAGAGUGACCGAGGGAGCGGCGACCAAAGAAUAAGCAAAACAGCCAAAGGGAAUGACAGCCUGCAAGUUGCCCCUUCGCGCAUGUCAUCCUUCUCCGAAUUCUUUGCCUUACUCGAAGCGCAUCCCAAUGUCCCCAGCAUUUUGUCUUGGUGGGCUCAGCUAUUGGUCAACUUGUCGUUGUUCACACUCGCCGUAUACAUUGUUUUCACCUUUGUCGCAGCUAUUCGCGCCGAGUUCGAGCACGCAGCCGAAGAAGUUUCCGAUACUAUUUUGGCCGACAUGGCGAGAUGCGCCAAGGAUUAUGUGGAUAACAAAUGUGGUGGAGGAGACCGACUGCCAGCGCUGGAGAGUGUCUGUGAGAACUGGGAGCGUUGCAUGAAUCGCGAUCCGGCCAAGGUCGGACGGGCUAAGGUGUCUGCCCAUACAAUGGCCCUGAUCAUCAACAACUUUAUCGAUCCAAUCAGCUGGAAGGCAGUUACCAUUUUCCUUGCCACCAUUUCUACCGUGACCGUUGUUAGCAACUGGUCGUUCCGCUCAUUCAGAAGCCGACAAAGCCACCAGCCAGAUUUCUCUCAUAACCAACACAACUACCCCCGGCAACCCCCUGCGCAUGAUCCAUAUAUGCAUUCACAGCCACUUCACCUCCAACAUCCUCCGACCUUUGGUUAUUAUGGACAACCUGAUCCUCGACAGAACCACAGCUAUACACAGAAUCAAGAUUCCUCGUUGAUGCUUGAGAACACAAAGCCGAUGGAUUUUGUGACGGAACGAAGUCGCGAUCGUGAAAACCACCUCCGCACUCCCAGUCCAUCGAAGCGCCGAUUCACAUGA